AAAACAAAAAACUGAAAUAUAUAAUUAUAAUAAAUAAAUAAAUUUGUUCAGUGAAACUGAAUAACAAUCUGCUUCUCCGACUAGUGUAUCUUAAACCCUAGAAACCACCCCAAUGUCGCGAAUAUAUACAUACAUAUUUUUGUAUGUAUUGUUAUGUUUUCAUUCGGUGAAGAUUGAAUCAGCUGUGUCGAGUAUAGAUCUCGGUUCUGAAUGGCUCAAAGUCGCCGUCGUCAACUUAAAACCCGGCCAAAUUCCGAUAUCGAUCGCGAUCAACGAAAUGUCGAAGCGCAAGUCACCGGCGCUCGUCGCUUUCCACUCCGGCAACCGAUUGAUCGGCGAAGAAGCCGCCGGAUUGACUGCGCGGUAUCCUAACAAAGUGUUCUCGAGUUUCCGUGACCUAAUGGCGAAGCCGUUUGAUUUGGCGAAAAAAGCGCUGGAUUCGCAGUACUUGCCGUUUGAGGUUGUGACUGAUCCGGUUAGAGGUGUGGCUAGGGUUAAGGUGAGUGAUGACGAGAGUUAUUCGCCCGAGGAGUUGGUUGCGAUGGCGUUGAGUUAUGGCUCGAGUUUAGCGGAGUUUCACUCGAAAGUUGCGGUGCGAGAUGCGGUGAUUAGUGUACCGCCUUAUUUUGGACAGGCGGAGAGGAGGAGUUUGAUCCAGGCUGCGGAAUUGGCGGGGAUUAAUGUGCUUUCGCUAAUUAAUGAGCAUUCCGGAGCGGCGUUGCAGUAUGGGAUUGAUAAGGAUUUCUCAAAUGAGUCGAGGAAUGUGGUGUUUUACGAUAUGGGAUCAGGGAGCACGUAUGCUGCUCUUGUUUAUUUCUCGGCUUAUAAGGCUAAGGAGUUUGGAAAGACUGUUAAUGUGAACCAGUUUCAGGUCAAGGAAGUGAGAUGGGAUCCAGAACUUGGAGGUCAAACUAUGGAGCUAAGAUUGGUAGAAUACUUUGCUGAUGAAUUCAACAAACAAAAUGGGGUUGACGUCAGGAAGUUUCCCAAGUCAAUGGCUAAAUUGAAGAAACAAGUUAAGCGUACAAAAGAGAUUCUUAGUGCAAACACAAUGGCUCCAAUUUCGGUUGAAUCGAUCUAUGAUGAUAUUGACUUGAGGAGCACCAUAACUCGUGAGAAAUUCGAGGAGUUGUGUGAAGAUCUAUGGGAGAGAUCUCUUAUCCCCCUUAAGGAGGUGCUUAAGCAUUCUGGUUUGAAGGUUGAUGAUUUGCAUGCAGUAGAGCUGAUUGGAGGCGCAACCCGAGUCCCAAAGUUGCAGGCAAAGCUUCAGGAAUUUCUUGGUAGAAAAGAUCUGGACAAACAUUUAGAUGCUGAUGAAGCUAUAGUUCUUGGUGCAUCGUUACAUGCUGCCAAUCUGAGUGAUGGGAUAAAAUUAAAUCGCAAACUUGGGAUGGUGGACGGUUCUAUGUACGGAUUUGUUUAUGAGUUAGAUGGUCCCGAUAUUUUGAAAGGUGAAAGCACAAAACAGUUAAUUGUACCGCGGCUGAAGAAACUGCCUGUUAAGAUGUUCAGAUCCAUUGUUCACAGUAAGGAUUUUAAAGUUUCACUAUCCUAUGAGAGUGAUGAUUUAUUACCACCUGGUGUUAUUUCACCUACAUUUGCUCAGUAUGAUGUAUCUGGUCUGACUGAUGCCAGUAUAAAGUAUUCAGAGCGAAAUUUGUCUUCCCCCAUCAAGGCCAGCUUGCAUUUUUCUUUAAGUAGAAGUGGUGUAUUUUCUUUAGAUAGAGCUGAUGCAGUCAUUGAAAUCUCUGAAUGGGUAGAAGUUCCAAAAAAGAAGCUGACCGUGGAGAACUCAACUUCUGCAUUCCCCAACAUAACUGGUGAAGGUAGUCCUCAGAAUGUCUCCGAAGAAACCACUGAAAACUUGAACAACGAAGGUGGGUUGAACAUUACAGACGCAAGUGUAGAUAAUCAAAACAACACAGAUCUUGGUACAGAAAAGAAGUUGAAGAAGCGUACUUUCAGGAUUCCACUCAAGAUUACUGAAAAGACGAUGGGGCCAGGAAUGCCAAUUUCCAAAGAAUCUUUUACUGAAGCUAAACUUAAAUUGGAAGCACUAGCUAGGAAGGAUGCAGAAAGGAGAAGAACCGAAGAGUUAAAAAACAACUUGGAAGGGUAUAUUUAUGCUACUAUGGAAAAGCUUGACUCGGAUGAAUACGAAAAAAUUUCAUCCAGUGAAGAACGCCAAUCUUUCAUUCAAAAGCUUGAAGAGGUGCAAAAUUGGUUGUACGAUGAUGGUGAAGAUGCUUCUGCUUCUGAAUUUCAAAAGCGCCUGGAUUUGUUGAAAGCUAUUGGUGACCCGAUCUUCUUCAGAUAUAGUGAGCUUACUGCACGACCAGCAGCAUCUGAACACGCUAAACAAUAUUUUGCUGAGUUGCAACAGAUAGUACAAGGAUGGGAAACAAAGAAAUCUUGGCUUCCGAAACAAAGAAUUGACGAGGUAUUACUUGAUUCCAAGAAGGUCAAGAGCUGGUUGGAGGAGAAAGAGGCUGAACAGGCUAGGACUUCUUCGAUGAACACACCAGUAUUUACAAGUGAAGAAGUAUUGGCAAAAGUUUUAGACCUUCAAGAAAAGGUUGCGAGCAUUGACAGGAUUCCGAAGCCAAAACCAAAAAUUGUCAAGCCUGUUAAGAAUGAAACCGAAGGCAAUACUGAGAAUAAUAGCAGCAACCAAAACGAGUCAUCCUCCAAGGAAAGUACCUCCCCAGUGGACGAUACAGAAGGGGAAUCAGGGAGCUCAACCAAUGAGAAGGCAGAAGGUGAUUCUGAGCCUCACGAUGAGUUGUGAAUGGAAAGCUAGAUGAUACACGGAAGCAUAGAACUGGCAUCACCCAAGAAGGGAGAAGGCAGGGUUAGUUAGUUGGAGGUUGGGCAGCAUUUCAAGUAGUACACAUAUAGAGUUACCCCCAAAUUUCCAGGCCGGUGGAGACUUUUUCUUGCCAUUUUUGGGAAAUCAUCAUGUCCUUAAUAUUUAUUUGUAAUUUAAGAGAGGGAACGCUGUAUCAUCAAUAGAGUUAUAUACAUGUGGCAUUUUAUUAUGUACACACUGACCAAGAUAGAAGUUCUAGUCCUUUCUGUUGCGGAAAGUUUUUUCAUGGACCAUAUUGUAAGAUUGUAUACGGUGAAAUAUAUCGUUGUUUGGGAUGAA